AAUCGAGUACAAAGUGUGUGGUAUCGAAGUACUCUACUCUAGGUGCUCUACAAACCUUUUUGACGCCGCCGACGCCAUUCAUUUUUGGUUUUGGAACGAAAACGAACCGAUUUAAUUUGCUUAUUAGCCGUAUGAGUUGUGCGAAAAUUACGCCUAAAUAAUUGCAGAGUUUAUUGUGAGCGUCAAGCUAAACACAAAUUGUAAAACCGUCGCGCGCUUUUCGGUAUUAGUCAAUUGCCGGCACACUGCCAUUGCAGAGUUUGGCAACCAAAUUGCAUCAGUAUUAGUAAACUUGAUAUAAAUUACAGAACAUUGAAAUACGAGACCCUUUACAUUUUGGGUGGAAGUGCGUUCAAUUAACAUUCACUGCCGAUUUAGGAAAUAACAGCAGCAACAAUGGCCGAGCCAAAAACACCCGAAAAGAUGCUGUCCACGAAGCCGCCAAUUUAUCAUCAAAAUAGCCAUAGUCCAAACGCUUCGCUGCAGCUACCGAGCCCAAUAAUCACGCGACGCACACGCACGGCCUCGACUUCGGCACGCGCCAUGGAAAAUCCAGUUGUUAGCGGUGUUGUGAAAUCUUUUAGCCGCACCAAAGGACAUGGCUUCAUAACGCCCAAUGGCGGCGGCGAGGACGUUUUCUGCCAUGUUUCCGACAUUGAAGGUGAAUAUGUGCCCAUGGAGGGUGAUGAGGUCAAGUAUCGGUUGUGCGCCAUACCGCCAAAAUUCGAGAAACAUCAGGCUGUGCACGUGCAUAUUAGCAAUCUGACGCCCGAGGUGCACCACAAGUGGGAGGAGUCCGUUUUCUGUGGAUCCCCGGCCAAAUAAGAAUCUGAGCCAUCAGUUGCAGCAACCUUCCACAGUUUAUUUAACUGAAGCACGCCAGGCGAGCGCAAACAAAGUAAAUGAAAAAAAGCAUAGAAAAAAAAAAUACACAAAAAACAAAAUUGAACAGUUAAUGGAAAAACUGAUAACGUCUACGAUCAACGUAAAAACAAGAAGAGUAAAUGAAAGAGAGCAUGCAGAAAUGCGACUUUAUCAAUCGUACACGCCACACAUAACACAAACAUAUAACACACACAAAACAACCCUACACACAUACACACAGCCAAGCCAGCCAGUCUCAAUUAAAAAUCUUUAUUAGAUAAGCUAAGCAAAAAGUUACUCAGUCUCAAAUGUGUUAGACUUUUUUUUUUUAAAAAAAGAAGAAAAGAUUGAAACCUGUUUUAAAAAUAUUAUGAAUUUGUAUUGAAAUGGAAUCUGUUAAUCGUGAUUUCGAAUUGGAGCCUGUAACAGCACAUGAAUACUUAAGUUUUGAUUGUAAUUUAAUUAUACCAAUAUGUAUUCGCAAACAGAAAUGUAUGAGCAAAGCAACAGCCCGAACCACUUCAAAUAACA